AGCCGGCAGAGCAGCCUGGAGGAUGAGAGCUCCGGUGUCGAGGAACCCUCCGGCCGUGCCGACUUCCACCUCUCUUCGCUGUUGCUAAAUCCGCAGAAGCUGCCCGGGGUGCUGCGGAAAGCCUCGCCCGCUCCCUACGUGCGGAGGGUGGGGUGGCUGCGGGAGAUUCAGGCCACCAUCCGAGAACACAAGCGGGAGCACGCCGUGCACAUCCUCAGGCUGCUCAGGAAGGACCUGGGACUGGAAGGAACAUUCCUCAAUGAAGUCCUCUACAAAAAUGCAACCUUCCUCAACUUGGUGGAUCCCAUCUCCCAUGACCUGCUGAUGAGCCUUGCUAGAGACCUGCAGUGUCCCAAAAAGGAAUACGACCCCUGGAAGUCCUCAGACAGGAUCUGCAGGCAGCUGAUCUACCACCUGACCCCACACUCCAAAUGGCACCGGCAUGGCAUGCCCCGCAGGAAGUCCCAAAUGUGCCUGAAGAACAGCCUGCAGAAGAAGGUGAGCCAGGGCUCCAUGGAUCUGUCCGGGAUCCCUCUGACCAUGCGGGAUGUGCACCGCAUGGCGUACUACCUUCAGAACAACGGGGAUCACCUCACCUCCGUGGACCUGAGCUUCACCGAGCUGAACGACGACAUGGUGCGCCUGCUGCUGCCCUUCCUCUGGGCACUGCCCAAGCUCACCCACCUUUCCCUCAACGGCAACCGACUGACGCGAGCGACCAUGAAGGAGCUGACUGACACCAUGAAGGACAUGAACAAGUUCCCUUGCCUGGCUUGGGUAGACCUCGGCAACAACGUGGAUGUCUCGUCCAUGCCGCAGCCUUUGCUCGUGGGCCUGCGCAAGCGCCUCAGCCAGCAGACCACGCUGCCAACCAUUUAUGAGGCUCUCGACUGUGACCCAGAGAUCCCCAGCGGGCAGGAGGGCGGCCGGCCGGAGGACGAGGAAGCAGGGAGCACCCCACGGCACGCUGUCCCUCAGCAGGGCUGCGAGAGGUGACUGGACAACGAGCCGGCUCUGGCACACUGAAGCCACCCCAAGGAGCAGUUCUGAGUCCAAACACCAAGCAGAGGGCCAGCUUGACCGGCUUCCUUCGGCACUUCUCUCUCACCUUCCCUGACAUCUCCCUCCAGUUUGCUGUGAGACAAAGCCUGUUGUUCCCCAAAAUGUGCUCUGCUCCCUCCCCUCGCUGCCGAACCCAUCGCCCACAUUACAGAGAGGAACUUACAGCAAAGCUGGUCCCCAGGCUGGGCUUCACUGGAAGACCUGUCGGAGUCAACCAUUUCUUCCAGCAGCCAUUGGGUUGAGGGAAAGUGAUGGGGGGAAACCUAAAACAGAAACAGGCUUGUCGUUUACUUCCUUUCCUUCUUUUCCUAGGCACCUUGGAAAGCUUGGGACCUGCAGUGUGAAAGGAGGUACCCCAAGAGCCUAGCUGUUGUGGAGCUUCGUUGAAGGGCUCAGAGGCCAGAGCUGGAGCCCAGCAGUGUCUCCCUCUUGUGUCUGGCUCUUUUUGUUUUGCUUUCCCCCCCCCCCCCCAUUGUGUGUUUUGUAUUAAUGUCUGAACAAAGGGACUUGGUCAGAGACCAUCGGAUUGCAUAGGCUGGGGCGGACACAUGGCUUGGAACUGCAGCAUCAGGAUAUUUGUUGUGUGACUGGGGUGAGAGGGAGGGGAAGGAGGUAUGUGUUGGUGGGAGCAUGGGGGAUGGGAUGAGAUGAGAUGGGGUGGGAAGGCCAAGGGUUGAAAAGGGAGGGGAAAUAGUCUUGUGGUUUAAAAGGACUGGUUCAAAAACUGUGGUUUUGUACACAACUUACAAGUUUCAAGUGAAAUCAAGGAAUAUCAGACAGCUAAGUGCUUUACUGACACUAGAGGAGCAAGCAGUGAAUGUGCCAGAGGUGGGCACUUCCUAAGCUAAAGUGCGAAGCUUUGGCUCCUUAUUGCAUAUUGCAUACCUCGUAAUACUGACAUGAUGUGAGCAGCUGCACUGUCAUUUCCAAUGCUGUCCAAAACCAAACCAGUGAUGCAAGAUUUCUAGUGUUUUCCACAUUGCUCACGUUCUGUGUAAACUCAAUAAACGGUUCUCUUGGACAUGAGUGUAAA